AUGUGGAAGAGAACUGAUCCUCAAGCCAAGAUCAAAGCAGGGGACAGGCCGCAGACCUGCCGUUCUCUGGCUCUGGGAUCAGCCACAGAGUCGGCACUGCCACACUCUCUAGAGCUGUCAGACUUUCAGAGCUUCUCAGUGUUUGAGGACAUCAGCCACCACAUUAAAGAAGCAGGAGCCCAACUGGUAAAGAAAGUGAAUGCCAUCUUCCAGCUGGACAUCACCAGAGAUGGGAAGACCAUUCUGCAGUGGACCAUUGACCUCAAGAAUGGCUCAGGGGACAUGUACCUGGGGUCUGCUCGGCUUCCGGCAGACACUGUCUUUAUCAUCCCUGACUCUGUCUUCACAGACUUAGCUGUGGGUAAGAUGAACCCGCAGAAGGCUUUCUUGGCUGGCAAGUUCAAAGUGAGAGGCAAAGUUCUACUUAGCCAGAAGUUGGAGAAGAUCUUCAGAGACUGGGCUAAGUUUUAA